AUGACAUCGACUACAUCUAUCACUCUUCCUGCUUCCCCAGCGGCCACUAACGCUGCCAUUUGGAUUUCCGAUGACGGCUCUGAUACGGAAGAUGAAGACGACGAUGAGGGUCAAGCCUUUGACGAUUCGCAAUCUUGUGCAACAUCUACGUCGAUCAGCAUCGCAGACCAUUUGGAUAGCACAGGCACCAAUCAUGGCGCAACGGAACCAGAGGCCGCCCCCAGGGUGGUCGCGGCGCCAACAGUACCGACGGCUCAAGCGGAAGAUGCCCUAGCUUCGCCAAAUGAGCCACGAGGGCCCCACCGAGCCGACGCUGAACGGAUCCAGCAAUCUUCUUGUGAGAUGAAUCACAUACUCACCAGAGAUAUCUCUGCUUGUCAAGAUGUCAAUUUUGCAAACCCGCCCAUCAGCCCCGAAAGCCAGCUAUGCCUAGGUGUGGCAGACGGACAACAGCUUCACCCAGUACCUAACAGCGAACCGGGCAACAUGACGAUCGAUGCUAUCUCUAACCAAGGGUCUUGUCAGGAGGCCCAGAGUCCUCUGGACUCCCCCUCAGUGUGUACACAUUAUUCACAUACUGCCAGCCCCGUCGAGGUGGCCCAGACGCCACUCCAGGACAGUGAAGCGUUUGUAAGCACUUUGGGCGAUGAUAGCAUGCCUGGAGCCCAUACUCCGUCUCCCACAAAGCUGUCACUCGAAUCGCAUCAAGAGCAAGUCUUGGAUGGCGCAAACUGCGGACCCAGCGAUGCCGAGUCCGAGGCCUCAGAGGCUGAAUCCGGAUCCCCAUUUGAAGCCCAAGUGUCUCCCCCGUCUCAGGAGUUGCCGUUCCCGCACUGUUCUCGUCGCAGACCCUCACGUGCCCUCGAAAUGGUGCAAGAUAAGGACAGCGACGUAGACACUGAAGGUUCUGGCAGUGAGGAUGGCCUCGACGUUCCAGAAUUUGUGCGUGACGAGGACUAUUGUCCUUCGCCUCCAACCGAUCAAGGACAUGGCUCUGGAGACGAUUCCGAUGACGAGGAACAUCAUGGUCGCAAGCGUCGCAAGGUAUCUCGAUCUCCUCAUAGCUCAGUUCGCAGUACCCCCACCAGUGCUCGGAGCUCUCGUCUAAGACGAUCGACAAGACGUACCGCACAGUUACCGAGAGGGCGUCAAACGUCUGCAUGCGGCAUUGAGAGUCCAGCACCAUCACAGGCAAGACCAGUCCCCUCCGAGGCCAGGACGUUUCUUGCUCGAUUCGAGGAAUGGCCUCUCAGAGACGUUUCACUGAAGCGCAUCACUGAGGGCGACAAGGCGACAUUUCAACUGCAGUUUGUAUGGACCCCUGAUCUAAGUCAGCCGCAUGCUGACAGAUCCGUAUCGCAUCCUAAGAAGGGCAGAGGGCCGGCUAAGGCUUCACCUCCAGCUACCAGAUCGUCCGGUGGUAAGUGGACGCUGGAAGAGGAGAACAAGAUCCAGCGCGCCCUUCCACAUCGUUCCCAGGGCACGAUCCAAGUUCGGUACUCGACUAAACUCAAAAGUUGA